AUGGAUUCUAUUAAAAAAAAUACAAUUAAUAGAAUCAAUGGGUUACCAAUAAAUCAUAAUAAUCUUAGUAAAACAUCAAUCAUUAGUAUGGAUGAUGAUUAUAAUUCAAAUUCAUCAUUCUAUUCAACAAAUAAUAGUAUUUUAAAUAGUGUUACUAAAAAUAGUAAUUAUUUAAAUAAUAAUAAUAAUAAUAAUAAUAAUAAUAAUAAUAAUAACAAUAUAAGUAUUAGUAAUUGUAACAAUAACAAUACCAAUAAUAAAAUAAAUGAACAAUUAAAAACUUUUAAUAAUAUUUUUGAAGAAAAAGGAGAAUUUCUCAAAGAGGAAAUUGAUAAUAAAUUUAAUGAUAUCAUUUCAUUAAUGAAUCAAUCUAAAAAUCAAUUAUUUCUAUCUUUAAAUGAUAUAGAUUCACUCUAUGAUUUAUCACCAUUAUCAACAACUUCAACAAUAACUUUAGAAAAUAAUAAUAAUAAUAAUAAUAAUUUAAUUAAAUUUAAAUUAUUUAAUAAUGAUUCAAUUAAAAAAUAUAUAUUACCAGUAUCAAGUAAAACAAUUAAAUUUAAACAAAGACAAAUAUUAAUUGAACAACAAGAAUUUAAUGAAAAGCAUAAUCAACAAAAACAUUUAUUAGAAUUACAAAGACAACAAGUAUUAUCGGAUCAACAAAACCAAUUCCAAGAACAACAUAAACAACAAUUAUCAUUGAAACAACAGGAAUUGGAAGCCAUUCAACAGGAUACAAAUAAAGUGAAACAGCAAUUGAUUGAAACUCAUGAUAAACUUUUAAUUGAGAAAGAGAAACAAUUCAAACAAGAUUUGAAUUCAUUAGAAUUAAAUUUACAAAAUAAAUUCACUAAUGAAUAUCAAAGUAAGGAACAAGAGUUCAAUAAAAAACUUGAACAACAGCAACAACAACUUGAAAAACAAUUCCAACAAACUAAAGAGUUAUUGAUAGUUCAAGAGACUUUGACAUUGAAAUCAAAAUUAACAACUGAAUUCCAAGAGCAAUUGAAAACUCAUCAAGAUCAAAUUAACAAACAAGAAUUACUCUUAAAACAACAAGAAUAUCAAUUGUUCCUAAAACAACAAGAAAUCUCUUCAAUUCAAAAACAACAUCAAGACGAUUUAUCAUCAUUAAAAUCAAAAUUAUCUUCUGAUCAAGACCAAAUUAAAAAACAACUCUUACAACAAGAAUCUGAUCUUUUAAAAAAACAACAAGAAUUAUUAUUAAAACAACAAGAGCUUGAUAUUCAAUCAAAACAAUUAAAAGAAGAACAAGAAAAACAACAACAACAACAAGAAAAACAACAAGAAAAACAACAACAACAACAACCAGUAGUAGUACCAGUUAAACCAACAACAUCAACAGUAGUAUCAGCAACAACUGCAACAUUAAUUAAAGCACCAAUUGUUUCAACUACUACAGUUAGUACAGCUACAGUUAGUAAAUUAGUUACAAAUGGUAUUGCAAAGCCAACACCACUUACAACAAUGAAACAAACAGUUACAGCUGUUCCAACAUUAAUGGAUAAUAAAACUAGAUUGAAGAAACUUGUGCCAACAGCAACAACAACUACUACAAAAGAAGAAAAUAAUAAAGAGUAUGAUAAAAUGAUGCAAGAAUUAGAUACACAACCAAAUAAUUCAAAUUUAAAGAAUUUAAAUGAAAAGAAACUUGAAACUUUGAAACAACAACUUACUUUUGAUGAUAGUGUUUCCUUUUCAAAUGGAAAUGAUGAAUCAUCAAUUAAUCUAUCAAAAUAUUUAGAAGAAACUAAUAAAUCUGUUGAAAAUACUUUUGAUAUAAUGUCAAAUACAUUAAAGAGAAAGAAUGAACCAAUUCAACAACCAUCAUCAUCAUCCUCACAACUAUCAUCCUCUCAACAACCAUCAUCAUCAUCAUCAUCAUCAUCAUCAUCAAUUGGUUUAAAGAAAAGGUUAAGUGAUGAUAAAACUACAAUUGUUACAUCAAAACCAACAAAUAAAGUUCAACCACAAUCUUUAAAUAGUAAUAUAAAUAAUAAUGUAGUACCACCAUCACCAGUUGCUGCAAUUGCAAAUAAAUUAAAGAAACAACAAGAAUUAGAGAAAUUAAAAUUGGAAGAAGAGGAAAGAUUAAGAAAGAAACAAGAGGAACAAUUAGCAAAGAGAGAAGUUGAAAAGGAACAAGAAAGAUUAGAGAAAAAGAAAAAGAAUGAUGAAAAGAGAAAGAAAGUUGAAGAGAAUCAACAACAACGUAUCCUUGAGGAAGAGAAAAAGAAAAAAGAAGCUGAAGAUCGUGAAUUGGCUAGAAAACAUAAAGAAGACUCUGAUAAAAAGAAGAGAGAGGAAGAAGAAGAUGCUAAAAAGAGAAUUCAAGAAAGAUUUAGAGAGACUCAAGAACAAGAAAGAAAAAGAGAAGAAUUUAAAAAACAACAACAAGAACAAGAACUUGCUCGUAUUAAAAAAGAAAAACUACAACAAGAAAAAUUACAACAAGAAAAAGAAAAACAAGAAAAACAAAAACAACAACAACAACAACAAGAAGAAGAACAACAAAAGAAAAAAACUGUACAAACUAUUUUACCAACACCACAAACUCCAAGUAGAUCAGCAAAUAAUAAUUAUGAUGAUGCUGCUAAUACAGCAUCAGCAACCAAAGCAAAAUAUGCUCUCUCUUCAAUUCUUAGUAUGGUAUUCGGUGCUACUAAAAGCCCACAUUUCAAACCGUCAACUUCUCAAGAUGACCAAGACGAUGAUGAUUGCGAAGAUUAUGAUGGCACAGAUGAAAAUAGUGAAAAUGAAGCUAAAGGUGAAUAUCAAGAUGAUUCUGAUCAAGAGAUUGAAGAACAAUUUGAAAAUGAUUCCGAUGAAUCUAUGGCUUCAACUGAAAGUAAUGGUGAUAUUUAUUUCAAUAAAAAUAAAAAUAGUAAUAAUAGUAAUAAUAAUAAUGACGUUAAUCAAAGUAGAAAAGAUAAAUCAAUCGUAUUUGAUAGUGAUAGUUUAAAUAGAAAUCAUAAUGAUAGUAAUAAUAGUUCUGAAGAAGAAGAACCAGAGAGGGAUCCAGUAUUCCUUACUCCACUUCCAAAGAUUUUAUCAAAUAUGAAGAAUAAUAAUAAUAAUAAUACCUAUAGUAAUAGCCCUGUAAUUAAAGGUUUAUCACCACCAUCAUCAGUUAGUGAUUAUAGUCCAUCAAGUGAAAGUAAUGAUUGUUUCUCACCUCUCACACCAACAAAUAAUAAUAAAAUCAAUAAUAACAAAAUCAAUAAUAAUAAUAGUAAUAAUAAUAGUUUUAAUAAUAGUAAUUCAUAUCGUGGAUUAUCACCAGCACAAAUUAUUGAAUCACAUACUCCAAAAUGUAUUAAUCGUUCUGGUGAAAGUAAAACAUCACCAUUUUUAACAAUUAGAAAUACACCAUCACCAUUAAAGAAUUCACCAAUUAAAUUUAAUAUGUCAUCAGCUUCAUCUUUAUCUUCAUUCGAUUCAGAUAAUGAUAGUGAUUAUAAUGAUAACGAUAUUGAUGAUGGAGAGAUUUUAGGUAAUCCAAAUGAAAAUUUUACAACACCACUAAAAAACCAAGAGAAUAAUAAUAAUAAUAAUAGUAAUAAUAGUAAUACUCAAUAUCCAAUUAUAACAUCACCACCAUCAAAUGAAGAUGGUGAUGAAAAUUAUUAUUUCGAAGAGGAAGAAAUAGAUUAUGAAUAUGAUAAAAGGGUACCUGAUUGGGCAAAGAAUCAUAAUUUAGACAACUCUUUAAAACAACAAAGAUUCUAUGAUCCAGAUCGUAUCUUUUCAAUGAUUGGUCCAGUUUAUUUAUAUGAAAUUUUCCCAAAACAAGAUUUAGGUGGUAAAAUUAAAGAUUUUUCAAAAGUUAAAAGAAACCUCUCAAGUGAUUGGAGUAGAGAUUGUAAUACUGAAAAAGAAGAUAUUUCUUAUAAAAAGAAUAUGGGUUUUACUAAUCCAAUCAUUGUUAAUAAAAAAUAA